AUGCAUCCAAGUGGUUUUAACGAGCAAGACAAGAUUGGCAAGGCAAAGGUCAUGUUCCUAGAGUUAGAGAAGAAAACUUUUAACUUUGAUCAUUGUUGGCGGGUGUUGAGAUUCCAUCCAAAGUGGGUGGAACAUAUGGAAAUAGUGAAGCUGAAGAAAAAACCAAGUUCGAAUGGUUCGACACCAAAUUCAAUAAAUUUAGGCGAAGAUGAGGAUUUUCAUGCAGUAUCUUCAAAUUUGGAUCGACCAAUUGGCCGUAAAGUAGAAAAAGAGAAACGAAAGAGAAAAGAAAUGACGGAGUCCGAUUCUCUCGUGGUACUAAAUGAGAUGAAAGAAAUUAGAAAGAGUAAAAUCGUACUUAUGCAAGAAGCACGUGAUCAUGAUAAUAAGAUGUUAUGUCUUAGGCAAGAGGAAGUGAGUCUUAGACAAUCGGAAGUGGGUCUUAGGGAAGAAGAAAUGCGUAUCCAAAAAGAGAAGGUGCUACUUGAGCAGGAGAAGUUACGGAUUGAAGAAAAGAAAGAAGAUGAAAGAAUUAUGGCAUUAAAUACAAGUACCAUGCCUCCAAUGCUACAACAAUACCAUCUUCAACGACAAAUGAAAAUACUUGCAAGUCGUACUAGGAAAAACUAA